AUGAGUCCCGACACGAUGCCCUCAGCGUUCAAAGAACUCCCCGUCGAUGUCCUUAUCCAUGUCCUUUCCUUCCUCCCAGCAUCUGAUCUAUUGUCUCUACGAAGAGUCUGCAGAUUUCUUCGCGCGGUUACCAAUGAACGUAGUGUUUGGAUAAACGCGCUUCGCUCCUAUUGCAAGCAACACAAUGUCUAUGGAUCGUCGUUUCCCGUUGCAGAAAUGUCGAAUGGCGAACUCAAGUCUGCUGCCACUGGUUGCACGCGAUUUAAUGCCCACAUGCGACGCGUUUUUGCGCUGUCUCCAGCGGACAACAGCGAGAUCGCUCCACUGGCGACCCGGGUGUUACAAAACCCCCUCGAGCCCCGCGAAGAGUUUGACAAUCUUCGCUUUGUCCCUGGUGGUCGGUUUGUUUUGUCGAGCCACCAGAAUUUGGUGCGAGUUUGGGACGCGGGAACUCAGGGAGGUACCCCUGUGGUUGGUCCAAUCGCGUCUUACGAAAUUCCCGCCAUCACACGCAUAAGGAGUGUCCGCACACGAGCAUCUCCCGUGGCCCAAGAUGAAAUUCUGGUGGUGGUCACGAGUGUCCUUGACCACUUUGCAUUUCGCUUGCAUGUAUUCCGCUUCCGGCCCACUGCUUGUCCACCCAAACUUGAGCCAUUUUGUGAAGACCUCGUGCUGCCCAUAUUCGACGAUGUCCCAAUCUUUCUAGGCAGUACCAACCGACAUAUUGCGGUUGCGACCAACUCGAGGGUCCUUCUCUGGAACAUCGUCAAAGACACGUGGGUUUGCUGGGAGCAGCCCCAUACCCACCUGGAAGAUGCCAUAUAUGUCUGCGAUAACCACAUCGUCACCAUUCGCGCGGACUCGGCUGAAGUGUACCUUUCACCCAUGCCCUCGCUCAAGCCGCGAAAGGACAGCGACACGGCACCUUUCGUGAACCUACCUGUGACGAGCACAUUUCAGCUUCACCGCAUCGCUCGUCCCGACGAACAGCUCAACACAUGUGUCAGCGGAAUAACACUCGUUUUCCAAGGGAGAGAGACGAGCCCGCUCUUCUUCGAUGUCAUGAACGAACACGACAAUGGCAAAGUGUUGCUGUCCCAUUAUGUACUCGAGCGAGGCAAAGACCAGACACUCAAGUUGCGAGCGCUAGGCGAGAGCGCAAUCCCUGCGCGGUUCGCCCAUUCGCACACUCUGCAUCUGGAAUGGCUGGGCUGUCGGAUCAGCGAGGGCCGGCCGUGUGUCCAGAGCUACGUUGUGGAGGGGUCCAAACUGCAUGUUUGUCUUGCAGAUAUUGACUUGGCUGUGGCGGAGGGAAAAGACAAGUCAGUGUUGCCGCGGUACACGUUGGGGACGCUCGAGACGCCAAAUUUGCUCGUCAACGAGGUGAAUAUCGAUUUUUGCUCGUUUUCGGCGCGGAUUUGUGCGCGGGUGCCGGGCGAGAGGCAAGGGCAGUACAAGGUCAAUGUGAUGGAGUAUGUUGGGCUGAAGGAAAGCGCUGAUGUGGCACAUAAAGUAACGAAGCUGUAG